CUGUUCUCAUCCUGUAAGAAUAAAGCUCCAACCUCAAGGCAACACUGUAGCUUUCUGUCCCCAGCCUUGGUUUUCUUUCCCUUUGGGCCACACGUGUCACCAAGGCAACACCCAGCCAGGAGCUCAGGACGAGCAUAGUUGGCUGAAUCCUCAGGUCUUAGACUCUGGCCUGUGUUUGCUCCUGUCCACAGAUUCUGGGUCUCUGGCUGGGUAUCUGAAGGUGUGAGUCAAUUUUCGACUGCCAAGUUUGAAGGAAUUUAGAAGAAAACACAGUCUUUGUUCUGGCACCAGUGCAGAAGUGUGAGGAGGAGGAGAGACAGACACAAGAUCACAGCAACUAUGGCCUCAUCCGUCCUGGAGAUGAUAAAGGAAGAGGUGACCUGUCCUAUCUGUCUGGAGCUACUGAAGGAACCCGUGAGUGCUGACUGCAACCACAGCUUCUGUCGAGCCUGCAUCACACUCAACUAUGAGUCCAACAGAAACACAGAAGGGGAGGGCAACUGCCCUGUGUGCCGAGUUCCUUACACGUUUGGGAAUCUGAGGCCUAAUCGACAUGUGGCCAACAUAGUAGAAAGGCUCGAGGGGUUCAAGUCCAUUCCAGAGGAGAAGCAGAAGGUGAAUGUCUGUGAACAACAUGGAGAGAGACUCCAGCUCUUCUGUAGGAACGAUAUGAUGGCCAUCUGCUGGCUUUGUGAGCGAUCUCAAGAGCACCGUGAUCACCAGACAGCUCUCAUUGAAGAGGUGAAGAAUGAGUACAAGGAGAAGCUACAAGCUGCUCUGCAGAAGCUGAUGGAAAAUGAGAAAAGAUGUGGUGAAUGGCAGGAUGACCUCCAACAGCAGAGAGCUGACUGGAAGAACCAAAUACAGAGUGAUAUGGAAAAUGUUCAAAUAGAGUUUAAUGGACUAAGAGAACUCCUGGACUCCAAGGAGAAUGAAGAGCUACAGGAGCUGAAGAAAGGGAACGAAGGUGUUAUGAAAAAGCUGGAAGAGUGUGAAAAUGAACUGGUGCGGCAAAGGGAGUUGGUGAGAGACCUCAUCUCAGAUGUGGAACAUCAGUUGGAACUUUCAACGAUGGAAAUGCUUCAGGGUGUAAAUUAUGUCCUGGCAAGGAGUCAGAACCUUAGACUGACACAGCCCCAAACUGUCCCUCAAAACAGAAGAAUGUUCCAAGCUCCAGACCUGAAAGGAAUGCUGCAAGCAUAUCAAGGGAUCAUGGAUAUCCAGCAAUACUGGGUCCAUGUGACUCUAGGUGAAAGCAACCAGGAAGCCAUUGUCAUUAACAAAGAAAAAAGACAAAUACAACUUAUAAGUCACUAUAGGAGGAAUCUUCAUGUUUCUGAGACCUUCUAUUUGGGUGUCCUGGGAUAUCCAGCUAUUGAGUCAGGGAAACAUUACUGGGAAGUAGAGGUGUCUACAAGUAAUGCCUGGCUCCUCGGAUUAAAUGAUGGAAGGUGUGCUCAACCCCAGCUUCAUCCAAUGGGACCUCAUCCAACGGGACCUCAUCCAAUGGGACCUUAUCCAACAGGAAUUCCAUUGAGAUCUCCUCCAGUGGGACCUUAUCCAACAGGACUUCAUCCAUUGAAAAUUUAUCCAAUGGAUACAAUGAGCUUCAAACUGCAACCUAGUUCUUAUGUUAAACAAAAUGGAAUGUACCAACCUAAAUGUGGCUACUGGGUUAUAGGGACGGAAAAUAGGUCUGAAUACAAGGCCUUUGAUGAGUGUUCUAUCACCCACAAUUCCAGUGUCAUGGCCCUCUCUCUGCCUGGUCCUCCCAGGCGUGUCGGGGUUUUCCUGGACAGGGAAGCUUGCACUCUCUCAUUUUAUGAUGUUUCUAACUAUGGAGCUCUCAUCUAUAGGUUCUUUGACCCUGCCUUCCCUGUUAAAGUCUAUCCAUAUUUUAAUCCUUUGGAAUGUUCAGGGCCACUGACAAUAUGUGGGCCACCAUGUUAAACCCUCACCUCUAUCUGUGCAGUGCCCCCGUGUCUGGUAUGCCUCAUGUGCCAGAACUCCCCUGCAUCAUUCUAAUUUUUUUUUUGUCUUGGGUCCUUUUUUUUAAUGACCUUCAUUUCGAAAUACAAACUGUAUCAUUUCCUUGAUCCACUUGCUUCUUUACUCAUAAGAUAAUUACUGUCAUUUGUCAUUUCCCAUAUUCCCAAAGAGAAUUGUUGCUCCCUCACUAAGUGAAUUAGAGCCUCUGCUAAUACCAUAUCUUUAGAACCACAGUCAAAAGAGUGACUCAUGGAGAACAUGGUUCUCUGCAAAAACAACAUAUGCAUUCAGUUUGUAAGACGUGGUUAUUCUUGUUGGAUGUCAGAACACAGCUACAGAACCCAUUCCUGUGAAAGGAUAUACUGAGUGCUGGCCUCAGUAUACUCUGAUUCUGAAUAUGGGCUUGUGCCUUGAUUUCAUGUUUUCCAAGAUAUAAUCUAUAGUAUAGUUCCAGAUACUUGUGCUUAUAUGGUCUGUCCUGAGACUAUUGUAGGAAAGGCUUGUUAAUCUUUUGUAUGGUCUUACUGGUAUGUAUUUGCAUGUUUUUUCUGAUUUGGUUUUCCUGAACUCAAACAACCUUCCUGCUUUCUUUUGUACAUUCAUGUUUAAAAGUAGUCUGCAACUGAACUAAAGUUCUUUGCAGCAUAACGCUAUAGUGCCCCCAUUCUUUAAGGUCUUCAAACCCCAGGGCUUACCGACAGAACUACCUAGGUCCACAAUGGUAGACUCACCUUCCUUUUUGUAGUGCCAAAGACAGAAGUCAGGGCUUCUUGUGUGUCUAUGAGUUGCUCUACCACUGAGUUACUUGCCUCUACUCACUUUAGAAAAUUUGUGUCGGAGUCCCUCGCUAAGGAACAGCCUUAGCAGAAGGUCAGUAUAACCAUAAUGCUUGAGCUUCAUCAAAUAGUUAAGAAGGAAAUUUCCCAAAUGAGAUCCACUAAGACCAUGUGUUUAGAGUAUCCAGAUUCUAAUCCUGCCUUUCCACAUAGCAGUGCAACCCUGAAUAACAUCCUCUCAAGUCUAUGUUUACUUGUUUUUUUUUUUCUUUUGUUUCAUCUUUCUUUUUUGUUUUUCAUUUUUGGUAAAAUAGUACAUUGAUAUUGCAGGUCAUUGUAGGAAAAUAAAUCUGAAAUCUUUAGAAGGCUCUGAGAGUAAAAGCCCUUUCCUCUUAGAGUGAUGAACUGAGUUUGUUCACUCAGACCCUCUUGGCUGAAGCAGGCAGCCCACUCCAACAGAUUAUUCCCUCACACCACAAAUAUGCUACAGAACACUUAGGCUGAAAUACAUACACAAGUGAAAAGAGGUUGUGUAAAUUUUAGUGAGAAGAAGUUCAAUACUUAUAAUGCAUUCACUGCACACUCAGUAGGUGGUAGUUGUGCUAAUUACUGGAUAGAAAUGCAAUACUGAUGUUCUAUGUGACACUGUGUGACCGGGGAAACUAAAUAUAUCUCUCCUCUUGUCUUGCAAACUGCCAUCAAGACUACUCUAAUAUGUUGUAGAUCUCUAUGAUUUUGUUGUUGUUGUUUUCACACUUAUUUUUUAAGAGGAUACUUAUUUGGCUAUAUUUAUUAUCAAAUAAGCUAAAGUCUAUGAUUUUUCAUUUUACAUUAAAUGAUACUGACAAAUGUAUCCACAACUGUACCUUCUGUUAUGUUGUGAAACAUAAAUAGAAUGUUUCUAGGAACUCAUACUGCUUCUAGCAUGUAACAGGCAUCCACUAUGGUGUCUACUUUUUUUCUUCCUUUUAAUGUGACUUUUAGGGUUCUGUCUAAGCUCCACCCCACAAUUACCUGGCAACAGCCAGGUAUGCCCCUCCCCACAGUUGCCUGGCAACUGCCAGGUAGGUCUGGUCUAUAAAAGAGGGUGCAAGGCCCUUCCUAUCUCUCUUAUCUCUUAUUCCUCUUGCCUCUCUGCACCUCUCCCCUCUCUGCCCUCUUGGGCUUUCCUCCCCUUCCCCCUCUCUCCAUGUGGUCAUGGCCGGCCUCUACUUCUCUACUGUCUCUGCCUUUCUCUGCCUCAACUACCCCAAUUAACUCCCAUCCUAUGCCCUGAAUAAACUCUAUAUCAUGUC